AUGGGGGCGAAGAAGGCGAAAGCGAAGCACGAGAAGGAGAUCAAGAAGAGUGAAUCUCUCCAGAAGCCCAAGGUGGAGGACGUCAAGUCAAAGUCAGCGAGCAAGUGGGGAAACCUCGUCUACCUCUGUGCGGUUCACUUCAAGGGCUUCAACGUCCCUGGUCAAGUUUAUGAGAUGUCCUCGUUCGCCGAGGGGAAGCUGAAGAAGCUGGUGGGAAAUGAUGAUGUUGAUGAUGAUAUUGAUGAUGAUGAUAUUGAUGAUGAUGAUAUUGAUGAUGAUGAUGAUGAUGAUGAUGGAAGUCAUAAUGGAGAUCAUGAUGGAACUCAUACUUGUUCCUCCAUCGUUAUGUGA